CUCUUCAUUAGCAACACCUCCUCACCUUGCUCACCCACUGGCAGUGUGACCUAGUGGUUAGGUGUCUUUAAGGCCCACCUGCUUGGGUUCUGUGUCUUAGCAGCAUGUGACUUGGCCAAGUUGCUUAACUCUUCUGUGCCUCGGUGUCCUUCUCUGUAAAUCAGGAAUAGUAAUAAUAAUAGCACCUGCCUUCUCGGGUGUUGUGACAGUGAAGGAGUUAACAAAUGUUAAGUCACUUAGAACUGUAUCUUGGCAUAGAGCGAGUUCGAGAGAGAGCUCAACUAUUGUUAUGUUAAGACACCGGUCUGCAGUUAAUCCCUGAAUGCUUCUGGGAUGUGGUCGGUUUUAAAAGUGAGUUGAAUUUACUCAUAAUAGAGCAUUUCAGCUGCGUGUAGCUGAAAUCUAAUUUUGCAAUUAACAUUUGUUUUACAUGGAGCCCAAGGGUUGAAGGUUAUGGUCUUCUUUAUCAGGCCCCUUGAGGAGCCUUCUUACUCAUAAUUUAUCUCUAUGUCCCUGAACUCCUUAGAAAAACUUCCCUUUUCCAUCCAAACUGAGAUCCUUACAGGGACUUACAUGUGAGGAGCCCAGAAGCUGGAAUCUGUUUUUGGAUGAGUCUGGACCAUAAGCAGAGCAUUUACAAACCUCCAUAAAGUCUGGCUUACUUCUCAUUGCUUCCCCUCAUUUGCUUUUGGAACUCUCUGCACCAAAGCUCUCCAAACUGGAUGAGCAUGCUUAGCUAAUGUCUGCCAAAUGAAGUGUCAAGGGGUAUUGGGAAAGGCAGACUUAAGGCCCCAAGAUUUCAAGAUCAUUUAGAAUCAGCUGAGUAGUCCCAGGGCAACAGAAGCACGUGGGUGACUCGGUCCGUUAAGCCUCUGACUCUUGAUUUCUGCUCAUGUCCUGAUCCCAAGGUUCAUGAUCUGGAGCCCCAGAUCCGGCUUUGCGCUGACAUCAUGGGGUCUGCUUGGGAUUCUCUGUCUCUGUCUCUGUCUCUGUCUCUGUCUCUCUCUCUGCCCCUUCCCUGCUCAAGCGCACGUGGUCUCUCUCUCUCUCAAAAUAAAUAAAUUGGUUAAAAAUAUUAUUAGGGCAAUAAAAGACAAGCAUUACUUAGCUUGAGAAACUGAUGCCAAACCAAGGGGAGAUGAUAGGAUUACUUCCUCUAAAGGGAUUACUCAAUGUUGUCAUUAUGUUUAAAUAUUUAUGUAACAAGGACAAAAAUUCUUGGUACAUGAUGCACCAGUAUUUUUGAACAAGUCAUGGAUUUUGGCUAAAAAAAUCGCAUUUCAUCGUGGGUGGAGUGAGGAAUGGUAGGAUGUCUUUGGCUGCCUUCCCUUCAAAAUAAAAGAGAGAGUUCAUGCACCUGAGGACUCUUCAAGGAAGGAGGCAGAAGAGGUGGAAGCUGUUCUUAGCUCAGUCAUUGACUUGGAGUUCCUUCCCUUCUGUCCUUCACUUUGGUUGAGACAGUGAAACCGCUUUCCAGCUAUAAAUUUCAGGGGCCACCGUCUACCUCCUAGGAGAGACCUUUACCAUCACAUGUCACGGAUUCGCCUUGAAUAAUCUCAACAGUUAGUUACCAACACUUGCUCUGGAUUGAAGAACUGACAAUGCGACUUUGGGCCUUGGCACUUUCAACAAUUCUGGUACAUUCCACAGCAGCUAAGUUUAGCAAAUCAUCCUGGGGCCUGGAAAAUGAGGCUUUAAUUGUGAGAUGUCCUAGGCAAGGACGAUCUCGAUACCCUGUGGAUUGGUAUUACUCAAAAACCAACAAAUGUAUCACUACCCAGAAAAGAAAUCAUGUACUUGCCUCAGGGGAACGUCUUAAGUUUCUCCCGGCCAAAGUCAACGAUUCUGGAAUUUAUACUUGCAUUAUCAGAAGCCCUACCUUCAAUAAGACUGGCUAUGUGAACGUCACCAUAUAUAAAAAACAGCCAAAUUGCAAUAUUCCAGAUCAUCUGAUGUAUUCAACAACACUUGGAUCAGAAACAAAUUCCAAAAUAUAUUGUCCUACGAUUGACUUGUACAAUUGGACGGCACCUAUUGAGUGGUUUAAGGAUUGUAAAGCUCUUCAAGGACCAAGGUAUCACACACACAAGACAUUUUUGCUGAUUGACGGUGCAACUAGCAAGGACACGGGUGAUUAUACAUGUAAAUUUAUACACAAUGAAAAUGGAGUGAAUUACAGCGUGACAGCGACCAGAUCACUCACAGUGAACAAUGAGGAAGGCUUUUCUUUGUUUCCAGUAAUUAUAGCCCCUCCACAAAAUGAAAUAAAAGAAGUGGAAAUUGGAAAACCAGCAAGCAUACCCUGCUCCGCUUGCUUUGGGAAAGGCUCUCAGAUCAUGGCCGGCAUCCUGUGGAAGGUGAAUGGAAGCAAAGUUCAGAACUUUGGACAACCAAGAAUUCACGAGGACCGGGAGCAAAAUCAAAGUUCCAGCAAUGAGUUGACUUGUCUGAGCACCGUUUUAAAAAUAGAGCGUGUGAGAGAAGAAGACUUAUCUGUGGAGUAUGAUUGCCUGGCUCUGAAUUUGCACGGUUGGACACGGCACACCCUAAGACUAAAGCGGAGAAGUCCAAUUGACGAUCAAAGUACCUACUACAUACUGACAGGAUUUAGCAUCUUGUUAAUGCUAAUCAAUAUCAUGGUGAUAACGCUAAAAGUGUUCUGGAUUGAGUUUAUUCUGCUCUGGAGAGACAUAGCUAGACCUUACAAAAGUAGGAAUGAUGGAAAGAUCUACGAUGCUUACGUUAUCUAUCCGCGGAACUAUACAAAUAGUCCUGAGAGGGCCAGUGCUGUGGGAUAUUUUGUUUACCAGAUUCUGCCUGAUGUUCUGGAAAAUAAAUGUGGUUAUAACUUAUGCAUUUACGGGAGAGAUAUGCUACCUGGAGAAGAUGCAGCCACCUCAGUGGAAACCAACAUACGGAAGAGUAGGCGGCACAUUUUUAUCCUGACUCCUGAAAUCACUCACUGCAGGGAGUUUGCCUAUGAGCAGGAGAUCGCCUUGCACAGUGCCCUCAUCCAGAAUGACUCCAAGGUGAUUCUUAUAGAAUUAGAGGCUCUGAGCAAGCCAGGAGGGAUGCAGUUUGGGGAGCUCCAAGAUUCCCUCAAGCACGUCGUGGAAAUGCAAGGUACCAUCAAGUGGAAGGAAGAUGAUGUGGCCAACAAACGGUCCCUGAAUUCCAAGUUCUGGAAGCACGUGAGGUACCACAUGCCUGUGCCAAACAAACCCUCAAGGAAGACAUCCACUUGGGCUUCCCUGAGUACCCAGGGGCAGUAGCGCUUGCUUUGAUGGGCUGGUGCACCAGAUUUCCUAGAUCUGCAUUCCUUCUGGCAGGAUUACGCCCCUGGGCCAGACACUGGAGCAGAGGCAGGAGAAAUGGGGACAUGUCGAGGGUGUUCAGGCCUCAGGUUUCAUCUAGCAACUUUACUUCCAUUUUCCUGAUUCUGGGUGGAUGCAAAAUGCCCCGAAAUUUUUCUCCUAACUCCCCCUCUCUUCACCCCACAUUUCCUUCCUUUUCUCCUUUUGCUGGUCUUUCUCCAUAAGACCUAGGAUCUUGUCACUAUUCUUUUGUCCAUCUUUCUCUCCCUUUCUUGUUCUCCUGCCCUUUUUUCCUUGUCAAUAUCCUACAUUUUGAACAAACGAAAAGCAUCAGAGCGAAAUUUGCAUGUAACCAUGAAGAACACUCCGAUUCCCACAAGCAGAAUAUUAGCGGCAAGUCUUGUUUCCAACCCACCAAAAAUUAUUAUAUUUUAUUUUAAUGGGUGUUAAGUUUUAUCAUCUCAAUAUUGUAGAUACCAUUGGGGUCCCUUACCCAACUGCCAUUACAAUCAGUAUUUGAAGUUCUAAAGUCGCUUUGAUAUAUUUUUAUUCUCCUUAGAAAUAUUU